AUGGGAUCCUUUCUUGGUGACCAUGCUAUCACUUCGCGAGGAACUUCUUUUCUUCAGUGGAUCCAGGCAACUGGUCUCACUUGUUGGAAUGAAUUACUUGCAUUUGGUAUUCCUACCUUUCUUUCUGGUGGCUCUGGUACCUCACGUUCCAGUGUCAUUGAUUUAUUUCUUUCUACGUCCCCCCUUCUCAAUCCUUCUAUGCAAAUUCGUUCUGAUCUUUCUUUAGGCUCUGAUCACAAAAUGGUCAACCUCACUUUCACUCCCUAUGUUUCACCUCCCCCUCCCCCUACUAAUCAUCCGCGCCUACUUUGGAAUCUUUCCAAGCUUGCUCAGCCUGACACUCUCAAGAUCUACAUUGAUACAGCUUCUGCGUCAUUGGACAAUCUGACAGAGCAGUUCAGUGCUUUCCUUUCUUCUUCUUCUCCUCCUCCUGUAGAUUCUCUGUGCUCUGCUUUUGCUCAAGCUAUCUAUGAUGCUCUGGACACUGCUGUUGGUCGUCGUACACCACGUACCAUGCAAAAGUACUGGUUCUGGCCAGUGGACCUUCAAGAAGCAAUGGAUCUGAGAGAACGCAGCUACCAACGCUGGCGUCAUUCUAGUGGUUUGCAGAAGGCUAUAUGCUGGAUGCGCCAUCAGGAUGCAUGUCAUGCUGUUAGGUUAUCAGUCCAGCGUCGUCGACGUGAAACAUGGAAAGAAUUCUGCAACAAAUUGGCAACACAAGACUUUGCAAAGACCACAGCAACAAUGAAACGUAUUAAAAGCCAUCGUCAAACCAGUCCUGUCUUUGUGGAUCCAGGUGGACCUCAAGCAGAUGCUAACAAAAUGGCUGAUCAUCUUCACCAGAUUUUCUCAGGUCAAUUUCUUCCUGCACGCCGCCCUCCAGACCAGACAGUGAUGAUUUCAUCACCAAUUGCAAUUGAUGAAUCGUGUCCUUUUACUCAUCUUUCUGUAGAGAGUGCAAUUCUCAAGCUUCCUACACGCAAGGCUCCUGGUGUUGACCAUCUUCGUGCUGAAAUGCUUCACCCAAUUUUUAUUCGUCCACAAUUUGAGUAUGGCCUGGCAAUAUCCUGCUUCAACAUUAAACAAGUUGCUGUGCUUGAAAAGGCCCAGAACACAUGCUUACGCAUGAUUUUUGGAGGUCACUCCACAUCUUCUACAUCUAUUUUCCGUCACCUUGGGAAUCUUCCUAGCAUGAGGGAGAGGAUCUUGACUCUUGGUUUCAAGUUUGUAUAUCGUGCUUUCUGGUUGCCUGAUGAGGCUCUGUUUACUCUUCUUCGACCUGUUCUUACAAACCCAGCACACCAAUGGUUUAAGCUUUUAGCUAAUCCCAUUUGGUUAUCUCUCUCCAAUCGUCAGAAUGCUGAUUCUAAAGCUUGCAAGCAUGCCAAUCGUUCAUUUUUGAACCAGGGCCUCUUCUUGCAACGCUCUCAACAAAUACUUCUCUCUGCUUGCCGUCCUUCUCUUGGUGUUGACCCUAUUCUCUGGCUUCCCAUGACUAACUAUGAACGUAGUAGAUUCAUACGUUGGCGUAUGGGAUGGCUUCCUGGACGUCCUCAACCUUGUUCCUGUGGAUUGCAUACCACCAGCCGUCAUCAUGUCAUUGAGUGCACUGGAGCUGCAAUUCGUCUCCAUCUCUAUUCUACAGUACAACCCAAUCCAAUUGAUUAUGUACUCAAUAUGCUGCCUCUGAAGAAACCUAAAAACAACAAGAACAAUGCCUUCUGGAUCUUUACUUGGCCAAUUCUUUGUAGAAUAAUGUUGGAUAUAGAACAGAUCUGUCUCUCUGGGGUUGAUCUUGCUGAUCAUGCUACAACAGACAGAGGACAACUCUUCUUGAACUGGCUACCCAAAUGA